AUGCUCAGCUCUAAGAUAUUAACACGCAGAAGUGUAUUGAACAGUGCACGCAUUGUACAACCUACAAAGAAUUUCACAGCUAGUUUAAGCAGCAAUAAUGGGCCAUUAACUUUCUUUCAACAAGAUCAAUUACCUGCAAAUACCGUGAUUAGAUUUGUUCCACAACAAACUGCUUGGGUUGUGGAACGUAUGGGUAAAUUCCAUAGAAUUCUUGAUCCUGGUUUAGCCAUUUUGUUCCCAUUCUUAGAUAAAAUCCAAUAUGUUCAAUCUUUAAAAGAAGCUGCUAUUGAAAUACCAACUCAAAAUGCCAUCACAUCUGAUAAUGUCACUUUAGAAAUGGAUGGUGUCUUAUAUAUCAAAGUUGUUGAUGCUUAUAAAGCUUCAUAUGGCGUUGAAGAUGCAGAAUAUGCCAUUUCUCAAUUAGCUCAAACAACAAUGAGAUCUGAAAUUGGUCAAUUAACUUUAGAUCAUGUCCUAAGGGAAAGACAAUCAUUAAAUCAUAACAUUACAACUGCUUUGAAUGAAGCUGCCAGUGAUUGGGGGCUAACUUGUUUACGUUAUGAAAUUAAAGAUAUUCAUCCUCCACAAAAUGUUUUAGAUGCUAUGCAUAGACAAGUUUCUGCUGAAAGAUCUAAAAGAGCUGAAAUUUUAGAUUCUGAAGGUCAUAGACAAUCCAAAAUAAAUAUUGCUGAAGGUGAAAAACAAUCAAAAGUUUUAGAAUCUGAAGCUACAAAAGCUAAAAAUAUUAAUGAAGCUGCUGGUGAAGCUGAAGCUAUUUUAUUAAAAGCUAAAGCUACUGCUAAAGGUAUUCAAGAAGUUGCCAAAGCCAUUAAAGAAACUCCAGGUGGUAAAGAUGCUGUUUCAUUACAAGUUGCUGAACAUUAUGUUGAAGCAUUUGGUAAACUUGCUAAAGAAUCAAAUACAGUUAUUGUUCCAGCUGGGUUAAAUGAUUUAGGUUCAAUGAUUUCAAGUGGAUUAGGAAUUUAUAAUCAAGUUAAUAAAAAUUUGGGAAAUAAUAAUGUUGAAGCUCCAAAAAUUGAAGAUAUUGGAAAAAAAUAA